CAGAGACACAAACACCUCUGGACAUUCUCUUGUUCUUUCUUUGGGACAAUCAUCAAACUCAUUUCCUUAUACUACCAUCUCGACAAGCUAUCGACGCCUAGUCGGCCGACCAACAUGCUUCUCAAACAUCUCUUCCUGGGCUUCCUCCUGGGUGCCUUCUCGGUGGCAGCCAUCCCUCAGCCAGAGCCCGAGGACGUCGAUCUUGAGGCAAGGGACGAUGAGGAUCUAGUCGCCCGCGGCGGUUACGAGUACUGCCCCUACGGUCAGCACUACGACAAGCACCAUCACUGCGUCUGCCCCUGGGGCCAGAUCAAGGAUGGCAAGUACUGCAAUUGUCCCCAUGGCCAGAUCAAAGAGGGCAAGUACUGCAAUUGUCCUGGCAAGCUUGUCAAGAAGGGAGAUAAGUGCGUCUGCCCCCACGGACAAUACCGAAAGGGCAAGCACUGCAAGUGUCCUCAUGGUCUGGUCAAGGAUAAGGACCAGUGCAAGUGUCCCGGGGAGCUUGUGAGGAAGGGUAAGGACUGCGUCUGUCCGGACGGUCAGUACAGAAGGGGCAAUUACUGCAAGUGUCCUCAUGGCCAGAUCAAAAAUAAAGAUGAGUGCAACUGUCCGGUUUACGAGUGGAAGAAGGGAGGCUCUUGUGUCUGCCAGAAGGGAUAUCGUCGCGGCCAUGAUGGGAAGUGUAAGAAGGAGUACUACUAA